AUGCUUAACACCCAAGAAUUUCCACCGCUGCCAUCGCAGGUGCAGCGAAAGCCGAAGAAGCAGCCUCCGCGGAAGGCAGAUCCACUCCCACUGACAAGGCGCGCAUACUCAACUUCGCUGAACGAUUUACCGGACGAGCUUAUCGUGGAGAUUCUUGACUACUUGCCUGGGAUUGAUAUGCACCAUUUCCAACUCCUCACACUGGCGAGCCUUUUCUUUUGCACUCCCUAUCCGUUCCUUCGCACGACUAUGUGCAACAAAAACAUUGCUUCCCACGUGAAGUCCAUUUCGUUCAAGUAUGGACCAAACGUUCAUUCAGACCGGCCUCGAUACGUACCUUCUAUCUCCGAUAAGCAAUUGAUCAAGGACAGCCUGAGAAGCUUGGAAAUUCCCAAUUUCGAUUGGAAAAAAUGGGCCUCUGAAUGCAACGACCGCGAAGUGGAUCAGGAACUAAUCUACGCCACCAUACUGUUAUACACACCCAAUGUCACGAGACUAGAGAUCGAUGAUGGAGCAGCCAUCGAGCCGCCAGGGAGAAUCCCGCGGUGGCUCCAUCACUUUCGUAAAAUUGCGAACGGUGUGGACUUUGGCCGUGUGCAUCGAUUCCAACACCUGAAAUCUAUCCGUGUAGACGUUCAGUACCUCAAACUCCGACAUUUGGCUCCACUAUUCAAAAUGCGUUCCAUGCGCAAAGUCACACUGGUCGGCCUUUUUGAGCGGCCGUCCACGGCAGAAAGUGCGCACGAUGAGCUGCGGCGUCUGUUCCCAAAGCGGAGCUCACUAAUUGAUGAAUUGCAGUUGGAGAUGAGUUAUGUUGAUGACAAUGUUCUUAAUGUGGUCAUCGCCGGCAUCAAAAAGCUCAAGGUGUUCAGAUACUGGAGCUCCACGGAUCAUUUUGAAGUGAGUGGCCGGAACAGCGACGACUACUGGGGAAUUGGUGGGCAAGAAGGUUACGAACCGUACGACGAGGCUGAUGCGUCGAACAGUUGGUUCAGGUAG